CGCGGGGGGGAGCCGCAGUGCCAGCCCCCGAGAUGCCCUAAUUCCUCCGCCGCCGACUCAGAUCUGCGCUGCCCUCGGAGGUGGCGAGCAGUUCGGCGGACGCUCCUCGCCCCUCCUCUCCCAGCUCGCUUACACCUCGACGCCCCCCCGCCUCAGCUCAUCCACCGCCCCCCCUCCGCUCGCCCGCCUGACGGAGAAGAUGCCUUUUGAAUACACGAUGAACUGAAAGGGGGCUGAGCGGCAGCGGCGGCGGCGGCGGAGAAGGGGAAGGCUCUGCUCCGCACUGCAGCGGCGCGCGAGGCAGGCGAGGGGAGCCGAGGCAAGCGAGGCUCGGACGAGGCAGCCCCGGCGGGCGCCAUGCUGAACAACCUGACGGACUGCGAGGACGGCGACGGGGGCGCCAGCCAAGGUGAUGGAAACCCCAAGGAGAGCAGCCCUUUCAUCAACAGCACAGACCUGGAGAAGGGGAAGGAGUAUGACGCGAAAAACAUGGCCUUGUUUGAGGAGGAAAUGGACACCAUCCCCAUGGUGUCCUCCAUGCUCAGCGGCCUGGCCAACUACACCAACCUGCCUCAGGGCAGCAAGGAGCACGAGGAGGCGGAGAACAACGAUGGUGCCAAGAAGAAGCCCGUCAAGGCUCCCCAGAUGGGCACCUUCAUGGGCGUCUACCUGCCGUGCCUGCAGAACAUCUUCGGCGUCAUCCUCUUCCUCCGCCUCACGUGGGUCGUCGGCAUCGCGGGCAUCAUGGAGUCCUUCUGCAUGGUCAUCCUCUGCUGCUCCUGCACGAUGCUGACGGCCAUUUCCAUGAGUGCCAUUGCCACCAAUGGAGUCGUGCCAGCUGGCGGGUCGUACUACAUGAUCUCCCGCUCUCUGGGCCCUGAGUUUGGGGGUGCUGUGGGGCUCUGCUUCUACCUGGGCACCACUUUUGCAGGUGCCAUGUACAUCCUGGGCACCAUCGAGAUUCUGCUGGCCUACAUCUUCCCCCCGAUGGCCAUAUUCAAGGCCGAGGACGCCAGCGGAGAAGCGGCCGCCAUGCUCAACAACAUGCGUGUCUACGGGACGUGUGUGCUCACCUGCAUGGCCACCGUGGUCUUUGUGGGCGUCAAGUACGUCAACAAGUUCGCCCUGGUCUUCCUGGGCUGCGUCAUCCUCUCCAUCCUGGCCAUCUACGCCGGAGUCAUCAAGUCGGCCUUCGACCCGCCCAGCUUCCCGAUCUGCCUGCUGGGCAACCGGACUCUGUCCCGCGACGGCUUUGACAUAUGCACCAAGGUGGUCCAGGAGGGCAACGAGACCAUUGGCUCCCAGCUCUGGGGGCUCUUCUGCUCCUCCCGCUUCCUCAACGCCUCCUGCGACGAAUACUUCGCCCUCAACAACGUCACCGAGAUCCAGGGCAUCCCGGGAGCCGCUUCCGGCCUCAUCCAAGAAAACCUCUGGAGCACCUACUUGCCCAAAGGGGUGGUAAUUGAGAAGUCUGGGCUGACCUCAGCGGCCCCUGCAGACGCCCUGCUGGACAUGGAGCAGCCCUACGUCUUCAGUGACAUGACCUCCUACUUCACCCUCCUGGUGGGCAUCUACUUCCCCUCCGUCACAGGGAUCAUGGCUGGUUCCAACAGGUCUGGAGACCUGCGUGACGCUCAGAAGUCCAUCCCCACGGGCACCAUCCUCGCCAUCGCCACCACGUCCGCAGUCUACAUCAGCUCCGUCAUCCUCUUUGGCGCUUGCAUCGAGGGCGUCGUGCUUCGAGACAAGUUUGGCGAGGCCGUGAGCGGGAACCUGGUGGUGGGCACCCUGGCCUGGCCCUCCCCCUGGGUCAUCGUCUUCGGGUCCUUCUUCUCCACCUGCGGAGCUGGGCUGCAGAGCCUGACGGGGGCCCCUCGCCUGCUGCAGGCCAUCUCUCGCGACGGCAUCGUCCCCUUCCUGCGGGUCUUUGGGCACGGCAAGGCCAACGGGGAACCCACCUGGGCCCUCCUGCUCACCGCCUGCAUCUGCGAAAUAGGCAUCCUCAUUGCCUCCCUGGACGAGGUGGCCCCAAUCCUCUCCAUGUUCUUCCUGAUGUGCUACAUGUUCGUCAACCUGGCCUGCGCGGUGCAGACGCUGCUGAGGACCCCCAACUGGCGGCCGCGGUUUCGGUAUUACCACUGGACCCUCUCCUUCUUGGGCAUGAGCCUCUGCCUGGCCCUGAUGUUCAUCUGCUCCUGGUACUAUGCGCUCGUGGCCAUGCUGAUUGCAGGACUCAUCUACAAAUACAUUGAGUAUCGAGGAGCGGAGAAGGAGUGGGGCGACGGGAUCCGGGGCCUGUCCCUCAGCGCAGCCCGUUAUGCCCUCUUGCGCCUGGAGGAAGGGCCGCCCCAUACGAAGAACUGGAGGCCGCAGCUGCUGGUGCUUGUCCGCGUGGAUCAGGACCAGAAUGUGGCCCACCCGCAGCUGCUCUCCUUCAUCAACCAGCUAAAGGCGGGUAAGGGGCUGACCAUCGUGGGCUCCGUGCUGGAGGGCACCUUCCUGGACAACCAUGCCCAGGUCCAGCGGGCAGAGGAGUCCAUCCGGCGGCUGAUGGAGGCGGAGAAAGUGAAGGGCUUCUGCCAGGUGGUGACGUCGUCCUCGGUGCGCGACGGAAUGUCCCAUCUCAUCCAGUCCAGCGGCCUGGGGGGGCUGCAGCACAACAGCGUCCUGGUCGGCUGGCCUCGCAACUGGCGCAGCAAGGAGGACCACCAGACCUGGAGGAACUUCAUUGAGCUCGUGCGAGAGACCACCGCUGGGCACUUGGCACUCCUGGUGGCCAAGAACCUGGCCAUGUUCCCGGCCAACUCGGAACGCUUCUCGGAGGGCCACAUCGACGUCUGGUGGAUCGUGCACGACGGAGGGAUGCUGAUGCUGCUGCCCUUCCUGCUGCGCCAACACAAGGUUUGGCGCAAGUGCAAGAUGCGGAUCUUCACCGUGGCCCAGAUGGAUGACAACAGCAUCCAGAUGAAGAAGGACCUGACGACUUUCCUGUACCACCUGCGCAUCACAGCCGAGGUGGAAGUCGUGGAGAUGCACGAGAGCGACAUCUCCGCCUACACCUACGAGAAGACCUUGGUGAUGGAGCAGCGCUCCCAGAUCCUCAAGCAGAUGCACCUCACCAAGACGGAGAGGGAGCGAGAGAUCCAGAGCAUCACGGACGAGUCACGCGGCUCCAUCCGGCGCAAGAACCCCACCAACACGCGCUUGCGGCUCAAUGUCCCCGACGAGCAGGUGGGCGACAACGAGGAGAAGCCUGAAGAAGAGGUGCAGCUCAUCCACGACAAAAACGCCACCAGCUGCUCCCCGUCUCCGGGUGACGAAACGGAGGCUGAGGUGGAGCCAGAGGCUGCCCCGGAGAAGGUGCACCUCACCUGGACGAAAGACAAGCUGGCCGAGAAGAACAAGGGCAAGAGUCCCGUCAGCCCCGAGAGCAUCAAGGACUUCUUCAGCAUGAAGCCGGAGUGGGAGACCCUGAACCAGGCCAACGUCCGGCGGAUGCACACCGCCAUCCGCCUCAACGAGGCCAUCGUGAAGAAGUCCAAGGACGCCAAGUUGGUGCUGCUCAACAUGCCAGGGCCCCCCCGGAACCGCAAGGGGGAUGAGAACUACAUGGAGUUCCUGGAAGUCUUGACGGAGCACCUCGACCGGGUCUUGCUGGUGCGCGGUGGCGGCAGGGAGGUCAUCACCAUUUACUCCUGAGAAGCUGGCCGAGGCCGUUGCCCGGAGGUUUGUGCCCCGCCUGAGAGCCCCGCCUGCCCCUUUCCGCACCCAUCUCUCCCGGAGAGCCAGCAGGGAAGGCCCGCCACCCAACGCCGCUCCACUCGUCUCUCCGCACGUGAACUGCAGCGCCAGGCGCACCCAUCCAAACACCGCAGCUGCUGCCGCCCGCCCAGC